AUGAAGCUCAACCCUGCUAAAUGCUCAUUUGGGGUCAGUUCUGGCAAGUUCCUUGGGUACAUCGUAACCCACCGGGGCAUCAAGGCAAACCCGGAGCAAAUCAAGGCCAUUCACUCAAUCCCUUCCCCGAAGAACGUCAAGGCGGUUCAAAAGCUAACGGGAAGGAUGGCAGCCUUGAGCAGGUUCAUCUUCAGACUCUCCGACAAACCUCACGCCUUUUUCGGAAGUCUCAAGAAUCCGAAAGAUUUCCAGUGGACGGGAGAAUGCGAAUCCACUCUCCAAGAGCUAAAAUCGUAUCCCACCACUCCUCCUCUCCAGUCCAAGCCAUUACUCGCGUUCUCCGAACUCGCCGUGAGCGCCGUCAUAGUUCACGAGGAGGAAAACAAGCAGCUACCAAUUUAUUACGAAAGCAAGGCUCUCCUGGACGCGGAGACCCACUAUAGCCACCUAGAAAAGCUGGCCUUAGCCCUGAUAGUCGCCGCUCGCAAGCUCCAACCCUACUACCAGGCUCAUCCAAUCGUGGUUGUUACCUCCUUCCCUGUAAAGUUGGUCCUCCAUAAACCAGAAGUCUCCGGACGCCUAGCCAAAUGGGCCGUGGAACUAGCGGAAUACGAUGUAAUAUUUCGACCCGCCACGGCUAUAAAGUCACAGGUCCUAGCAGACUUCGUGGCUGAAUUCUCCCAUGCCUUGCUCCCAGCUCUGGAGCAGGAGGUACGCCUCCGAGGCGAAAGUAAGGAAAAGGGAGAAUGGAUCCUACACGUUGAUGGAACCAGCAACAUCAGAGGAGCUGGAGUAGUGAUAAUGCUUACCUCGCCAACAGGGAAGACAGCCUCAAGGGCAGUGAGAUGCAACUUCAAAGCAACCAACAACGAAAGCGAGUCUGAGGCCCUAAUCGCAGGCCUAACCCUCGCCCAUCAAAUGGGGGCAGAGAACAUCCAGGUCUUCGGCGACUCCCAGCUGGUAAUCAACCAGGUACAAGGGGAGUACCAAGCAAAAGACGACAUCAUGAUCCAGGCCAUUGAAACGAAUAGCCAGAUAAGUAUCCCCUUGCUCGUGCUUCAAUGGCCAGCUACCAUGGAGGAACCCCCGUCAGAGGAGGUCUCCGCCGUUAAAGAAGGCGAAACCUGGAUGACCCCUCUAAUCCGGUACCUGGAGGCCGACAUUCUCCCGGAAGACCAUAACGAGGCCAGAAAGAUCAAAAAGCAAGCCGCGAGGUACUGUAUCUCCCAGGAGAAGCGGUAUCGGAGAUCUUUCUCUGGUCCGUAUCUGAGGUGUGUCACACCCCAAGAGGCCGCUAGAAUCCUUGUAGAACUACAUAAAGGAGAUUAUGGAUCCCACUCUAGCGGUCGAAGCCUGGUACUCAGAGCCAGAAGGGUUGGUUACUAUUGGCCUACGAUGGCCGCCGGCGCCGACAGACAAGCCAAGCACAACGACAAAUGCCAAAGGCACGCUCCAGAAGCGCUCAGUCGCAUAACAGAUCUCCAGAUCCACAAGUUCCUGUGGACCUACGUAAUCAAUCGCUUCAGGGUCCCCCACGAGAUCGUCACCGAAAAUGGACCCCAGUUCAUGACCCGCAACUUCAAAGAGUUCUGCAAGGACUUGGGCAUAAAACUAACUUUCGCCACACCCCGACACCCCUAG